AUGCAUUUCGCUCAACUUCUUCCAUUAUUCACUGGCCUCGCUGUUGCGACUACUCUGCCGCGCCAAGUAUCUUCUGGAUGUGCCAAACCGGUCAAGCGUGUCGAGUUCCGUACUCUAGAUGCGACUUUACGUAAAGAAUAUACUGACGCCGUUAUCUGCCUUACGAAGAAGCCUUCCAGUAUCCGCCUGAAAACUUCCUUGUACGAUGAUUUUACCUACGUACACACACACCUCAACAACGACAUUCACUACGUUGCGCAGUUCCUACCAUGGCACAGAUACUUCACCUAUCUGUACCACAAGCAGCUCCAGGCUUGUGACGUAGCUGGCUCGGACUUCUGGGACCCCGUGAGUGGCGUCGGUGGUAACGGCGGCGACAAGAUUGAAAAGACCAGUGAUGGACGUGAGUGGAAGUGUCUGGUGGGCGGACCGUUUAAGGACAUCCGCCCAGCUUACAGCAGAGGCAUGGCUGCUGAGCACUGCUUAUCACGCGACUUUUUUGAUGGUGAGAAUCGCCCUGGUACCAUGCGCGCCAGCGGCUAUACACCCGAGCUCAUCGCCGAGAUUAACAAGCUUCCCGACUUUGAGUCCUUCGAGUUCAAGUUGGAGAAUGUCCCCCAUGGCUCCAUCCACAGUGCCGUCGGUGGUCAGAUGGGAGACCUGGGCCCCUCGUCCUCGCCCAAUGAUCCUAUCUUCUUCAUGCACCACGGCCAGGUCGACCGCCUGUGGGCUCUUUGGCAGCAGCAGGACCCUGUGGCCCGGCUCAAAGACUACGCUGGUAUCCGAGAGCGUCUGAUGACACCUGGCGGCAAUGCUACAGCUGAUAAUAACUCGACACAGGCUGAGAUUCCCAACCCCCGCGCCGCUCUGACCGACAUGCUGCCAUUCAUGGGCCUAGCUGGCGCUGAGGAUCCCACUGUCUCUGACGUUAUGGAUACCACUAACGAGAAAUUGUGCUACACCUACUAG